AUGAGACCACACAUAAAUAAAAGCACAUCAAUCCGGAAGCUAACAAAACAAAAAUCAACUUCUAAAAGCACUCAAACUAUAAUUGGGGCAAAUAACCACAUUUUUUCGAAAAUUCAAACCCGGUUUCCUUCAGUAUCUUCGCAUAGAUCAUAUACAUGAAAAUGGCGACGGCGAACCAGCCCUUUUUCUCAACACCUGUAGCUGGCGUUCGCUGGGGACCUCGUGGAAGGGAAAUAGGCGCUCGGUGUGUGUAUCCGGCUAGGUUUUUUCCUUGGCACAGUAGAGCGCAACGUCGAACUAGGUCGACCACAGCUCAUUCUGACACCAAGUUUUUUGCCUCAGGGUAAAUGAAUUUCCAAGGUUGGAAAGGGGAAGCUCAGCAGCACCAAGGACACCCACUUGGUCCCAUGGGCAACUCCCUGGCGUGAAACUGGACGUUAGGUCCCAGGAUUGGAUUUCAUUUUGGCCGACAGUCCUAUCAGACAAUUUAUUUUUCAAAUUUUAGGAAUAGGCAACCUCUGUUGACGUACUGCUAGGUGGCGUAACUCAUCCAACUACGGGUAGCGAGCGCGCAUCCUCGUCCAGUAGGAGCAACAUCUUGAAGGUCUUGAUCGAUUGGUGGCGAUCAACCGGGUGAAGCGUUAGGGGUGAAGUUAGACCAAGGGCAACCUUAUGUAAUACGACUGGCCUCUCAAUAAUAAAGUUAAUGUUAAUGUUAAUGUUAAUGCUAUCUUCGCAUAGAUCACUAUCCAUCCUAAAGCCUCGUGAAAAUUUGUUAAGAAAAGACUCAAAAUCUGUGGAGCCUCCAGACUAUUCAUGUUCAAAAACAAGGUCUCCUGAGCCUUUUUCUCCUGACCAAAACUCAAUCUGUACCUCAGCUCUUGAUCUUGACUAUCAACGGCUUGAGUAUUUAGUGAACAAAAAUAAUUCAGCAAGGAAAAAUUUGCUGACUGUACAGCAGCAAAUAAUAAAUUUAAAUGCAAAGCACAAAAUGCGUGAUAAAUUUCAUUUAAUUCAAGAAACUGAUGAAAAUAUCAAUCAUAAUGAUAUAAAAAAGCCAAAUUUGACGAUGAAGAUAGAUUUGGCUUUUCAGUACAAAAGCAGUGUUCUUUCGACUCGCCAGCGUUUAAAACUGCCUCCAAUUGAUAAAGAUAUAACUAAUAUGUAA